AUGGCUUCCUCGGACUGGCGAGCGAGCUUGGGCUUCACUGCCCGCCUGAUGGCUGUCACAAAAAUGACAUCAGCCUUCCAGGCAGCGGACCCUUCAUUAUCGGCAGACGAUGCUCGCAAAAAGGCCACUGUAGCUGAGACGACAAUCUACGCCGACGCCCGCUCUCUGGACGACUACGACAGAUUGUGCAAUGACAAGAUAACAAAUCUGCCCAGACCGUCACUCGACUUUCCAACACCAGAGGACGAAGACUAUGUCCCAACACCCGGCGGCAAACCUGUUGGCAAGUAUCAGAAUGCACUGUACCAUCGCGAAGGUCUCUUCUCCGUCAUCUACAAAGCGCCUGCAGUUGGAAAUGAAAGCUACUUUCCCACCAAGUCACCCACCAAGACCAAUGUCGUGGCUCUGAAGAUCACUACACCAUCGGUAAUGGAGCAACCGCACGACUCACAGCGAGAGGCGAAGAUUCUGGCCAUGGCGGCAUCAGAGCGGGUCAUCCCUCUCAUAGAGACUUUCCGCGAAAAUGGAAGCCACUUCGUUCUGGUCUUCCCAUUCGUGCGCCACGACUUCAACGACCUACUGCGGGACAAGAAGCUGUCCAAGAGCCAGAUCAAGUCGUGCUUGAAAGACCUCUUCACCGCCCUAGCCGACAUCCAUGGCAAGGGGAUAAUACAUCGCGACAUCAAGCCUUCCAACAUACUCUUGAAAUCCCUCGACGGACCAGCAUAUCUUUCCGACUUCGGCAUCGCGUGGGCGCCCGAAGCACCGGGUCCAGAAGCAGCGGAUGCGAAGAUUACCGACGUUGGUACUACCUGCUACCGACCACCAGAGCUGCUGUUUGGGAAUCAGAAGUACGGCUGCAGCUUGGAUCUGUGGGCUGCUGGUUGCACAGUCGCAGAAGCACUCGACCCCAGCCACGAGACGCUGUUCGAUUCUGGAGAGUUAGGAAGUGAUCUGGCGUUGAUACAGAGCGUCUUCAAGAAGCUCGGAACUCCGAACUUGGAGGUCUGGCCGGAGGCUGCGGGUUUCCGCGACUGGGGCAAGGUCCAGUUCUACGAGUACCCGCCCCAGGACUGGUCGGUGUUGCUGCCGAGCCUUUCAGAGCAAGAACGAGAUCUUGUUGGCAGUCUAGUCAAAUACGAGAGUGGCUCGAGAAUGAGUGCAUCCAAGGUCCUAGAGCAUGCCUACUUUUCGUCGGCAGAGCAGAGACAGGACAACAACCGCAUUGGCCCCCUGUAUGCCAUAACCGCCCUCGGAGCCCAAGCCAUAUUCCCCUACCGUCGCCUGUAUCCCCUCAUAGCACCGCCGCCAUCGCACCUCGAUCCCCGCCCUGCAAAACUUCCGAGCCCCCUCAAUAUGGCGUUCCUAUUCCGAAACAAGCAGAAGAACAACCUCGAGCUUACCCGCUCCAUCAAAGAGCUUACGUUGCGGCUAGGACAGGAGGACAAACCCAACCCCAAGCUGGAGGAAGGACUAGCACUAGACCUGCAGCAGAUGAAGAUUAGGCUUCAGGGCACACCCGACACAGAAGUAAAUCCCGAGGCUGUCUUCCAGCUGCUCACGAGCAUCCUGAAUGAAGACCUACUCUACGCGCUAGCAAUCAACAUCCACAAGCUCCCAUUCGAAUCGCGGAAAGACGCCCAGGUCAUAUUCUCGACCGCAUUCCGCUACAAGCCCGCCGGGCAGGCCACACCACAAGUCCUAGAGCACGUCGUCGCAUACCGACCGGAUAUCAUAAUAGCGCUAUGUCGAGGCUACGAUAGGCGGGAAAGCGCCAUGCCAUGUGGCGGCAUUCUGCGCGAGGCACUCAAAUACGAUGCGAUUGCUGCGCUGCUGCUCUACGACGAGCCAAUGGAGGAUGGCCAGACGCUCGACUUGGGCAACGUGAACCCGGAUCUACCAGCUACCGGCAAUGGUGUCUUCUGGAAAUUCUUUGGGUGGAUAGACAAGGGCGCAUUCGAAGUCAGCGCAGACGCAUUCAACACAUUUAGGGAAAUCCUGACAAAGCACAAGCCGUUGGUGGCUACGUUCCUACAAACGAACUUCGACGCCUUCUUCUCGAAAUACAACUCGAUGUUGGUCCAGUCGGAGAGCUACGUGACGAAGCGCCAGUCGAUCAAGCUUCUGGGCGAGAUUCUCCUCGACCGGGCGAACUACAACGUUAUGACGCAAUAUGUGGAUUCGGGGGAGCAUCUCAAGAUCAUCAUGAAGUUGUUGCGGGACGACAGGAAGAUGAUCAACUACGAGGGCUUCCACGUCUUCAAGGUGUUUGUUGCCAACCCGAAUAAAUCAGUCGCGGUGCAACGGAUCCUGAUCAGCAAUCGCGAGAAGCUACUGCGCUUCCUGCCGUCGUUCCUGGACGAUCGGACAGAGGACGAGCAGUUCAUCGACGAGAAGAGCUUCUUGAUCCGGCAGAUCGAACAGCUGCCCUCAGCACCCGUAAUGCCGCCGACACCGACAUAG